UGUUUUUAAAAUUUAUUAGAAUAAGAAUUUUUCCUUCUAAGAAUUGUGUUUGUUAUAGCAAAAUAAUAUUUUUUUUUUGAAUUUCAUAGUUUAAGUGAAUCUAUCAAUAUUUUAUGAAAUUUUAAAAAAAAGAAGAAUUUUUUAAUCAAAAUAUAACAUAAAAAAUGGGGAAAGAUAUAUAUAUAUAUAUUAUAAUUUCCUUCAAGUUUUUCUUUUUAUUUUUUUUACACGAUUUUUUUUAUAUAUUUUAUUCAAAAUAAAAUAAACAUUCUAUUUUAUUUCACUAUCACGAUUAUUUUAAUAUUUUUAAUAUGAUAAAAUUAAAAACUAAAUUAUAUUAAUCAUACGAAAUGUUUCAGAUCAGAUGUGCCGAAAUCAUACAAUAAAGUAUGUAUGAAAGUUUUAAUUUAAAAUUUAAAUAAAAUUUAAAUUUAAAUAAUAAACCUUAAUAACGAUCUAUAGCUUCCCAUACUGAUUGAUAUAAAACAGUUAUAUUUAAAAUUCUUAAAGAACGGUACGUGUUUUAUUUCACUGUCAAAUAUUUUCGCAGUUUACUUCCGCAAGUAAAAAUUUCAUACUGUUCUUUGUUCAAACAUGUUCAAAAAUUACGAAAUUUUUAGGAAAAAUUUUAUACUUUUUUACUCUUUAUUAAUUAUACAUAUUUACAAAUUGCAUAAUACGAUGUAUCGUUUAAUUUGGUAAUUAACCGGAAGAUCAAUUGUUUUUAAUAAAUAUAUGUAUGAAAUAUAUGUAUAUUAAGCACGUAAAAUCGUUGGACACAGUUUAAUUACAUUUUGAAUUGUGAAUUUUAAAAUAUCGAUAUGAAUUCAGAAACGAUAACCUGGAUUCUCAUCGUUUAUUCAGUUUGUGCUUUGGAAAGCUGUUACAGUUUAGAUUACAAUGGUGCUAAAAUAGUGACUUACGGUGAACCUUGCGUUACGUCUCGUCGAUUACCUUUUCAGAUAGAAGGGCCUAAAUCACCUCAAAAAGAGGAAAAAAUACCAGUGUCACUGAAUUUUAAAAUGAUUCCUGAUACGUAUAUUCAGCCACAUCGUAUUGAAUAUCCAAUUUCAUUGGACAUUCCAUGUAGUACUUCAUCACCAUCAGAAAAAAAGUACGUUGAAGAUACCUUACGUGGUAAAGUUUAUGCGUACAAUACUUAUAUUCCUCCUGUUAAUUCUCCACCAUCUCCAUCUGUGAAAAAUUACAACUUUAAAAUUGAAAACGUUCCAAUUACGACCAAAAAUAAUUAUAAUUCUGAAUGCGAAAUGAAACAAGUUCAACGAUUGAAAGGACUUCAAUCUCGAAUUGAUCGAAUUCUUGUUCCUGCUUGUGAAGUUUCAUCAUUGCCAUUAUCAUCAUCAUCAUCAUUAUCAUCAUCAUUAUCAUCAUCAUGUCAAUGUCAAAAAUUUAACAAUUAACAGAAUUAUUUAUAUUAAUAAUAAAAUACAAUAUAUUGAAAUAUAAAAGUGAUCAAAAGUUUAAAACUUUUUUAUCUAUUUAAUAAA